UGCAGAGCCGGUGCUGCGACGCGGCGGUCCGGACAGUGCGCCUGUGCAGCCCGUGCAGCCCGUGCAGCCCGUGCAGCCCGUGCAGCCCGAUGGAGCGCAGUGGUGGUGACGAAGCCGAAGCCCCCACUGAAGGGGUCGUGAAGGACGCGUCGCUGCAGCCCACCAAGACGAUGGAAGCGAGCGUGGGGCGAGCCUCACAGUGCACCCCUCGGCCGCCAGGCAUGGAUGGAAUUUUAAAAUCAGAUGAGAGGCAAAGGUUAGCCAAAGAGAGACGAAAAGAAAGAGAAAAAUGUCUGGCUGCCAGAGAACAACAGAUCUUAGAGAAGCAGAAAAGAGCCAAGCUUCAGUAUGAGAAACAAAUUGAGGAGAGAUGGAGAAAACUUGAGGAGCAGCGUCAGCGGGGAAAGCAGAAGAGGGCUGCAGUGGAAGAGAAGAGGAAGCAGAAGCUCCGAGAAGAAGAGGAGCGCCUGGAAGCAAUGAUGCGUCGGUCCCUAGAGCGUACACAGCAGGUAGAGCUGAAGAAGAAGUAUUCAUGGGGAGGAUUAUCGGCCUCAGGGCCUGGAGGUGAAUCAGAAAAUACCCCACCCCCUCCUCUAACUUUAGCAGCCAGCACCCUCCCUUCGGACACAGGGACCACUACAGCUGCUGCCGAGUCCACCAACGCAUGUGGCAAACUUUCAGCCUCAGCCAUGAAUUUGCCAAAGCAGCCGGAGCCUCCCAUGAGUAAACGCUUGUCUUCAUCCACCGUGGCAAUAUCUUAUUCCCCAGACCGAGUUCUUGGCAGCCCUGUCAAAUCUUUAUACAAGUCCUCUCCAACCCGGGCCACUGAGAGAAAGAAAGGUACACCUACAUCUGCCAUGGGAGAUACUGGGAAGGAAGCUGUGGCAGGAGCAGAACCUUCACUGGUGGAGAAAACGAAGAAGGGACGAGUGACAUCUUCUGCUUCCUCCGGGAUUAUUGGGUCCCCACUGAGAAGAUGCGAGUCUCCUAAAGACAUUACUAAGAACUCAUCUUCUCCUGUGAAAUCCAAGACAAUUUCAAAAGGAUCCCCACAGUCUCCGAAGACAGCAAAGCCUCCAUAUGUAGGGUUUCCUGGGAAGCCUCGCUUUCCCCCCAUUCCCAGUGAAGACACACUCAACAAGAAGGCAGAGAAGGAAAAGACUAAUAAGGAAAAGGAAGGUGCCACUGGUCAGCAGACCACUGGCCUACCCGGAGAAGAAACCCUGGAGAAGCACAUGGUUGACAAGAAUGCCGCUGUGAAGUUUGUAGCUGAUAAACAUGCAACUGAGAAGCAUUCUGCCACUGGAGGGAAGGCUGAGCACAAUGCAGGAAAACCUACAGCAGGCACCACUGAUGCAGAGGAGGCUGCAAAGAUCCUCACUGAAAAGAGACGUCAGGUUCGGCUGCAGAAGGAGCAAGAGGAGAAAGAACGACUGGAGAAGGAAGAACAAGAGAGGCUGGAAAAAGAGGAAUUUAAAAAAAAGGCAGAAGAGGAAAGGCUGCUCCUAGAAAAAGCCCUUGAGCAAGAAGAGGAAAAACAAGAGAAGGAAAAGGAAAAGCAGAAAGAAGUAGCAGAAGCAAAGGCACAGGAGGCCACUAAGCAGAUGCGUUUAGAAAGAGAACAGAUCAUGCUGCAGAUUGAGCAGGAACGAAGAGAGAGGAAGAAGGUAGGAGUGGAGGGAUCAGGAGUACUUAAGAGAAUAGAUGAAAUUAUGAAGAGGACAAGGAAGAGUGAUGUGUCUCUAGAAGUAAAGAAGGAAGACCCCAAAGUUGAGAUUCAGCCUGUUGCAGCUGUGGAAAAUAAGACAAAACCAGUUGUCCCCAACAAAAUAGAAAUCAAUGAAUUGAACACCUGCCAGGAAGUAAAUGCCCCAGAGCAUUCUGCUCCAGAAACCUUUUCCCAAGACAUUUUCUCUAAUGGUCUUAAACCAGUUGGGGGACCUGUUCAUCUGGAUGGCCUUGAUGGGAAAUCAAACAGUCUGGAUGAUUCAACUGAAGAAGUUCAGUCUAUGGAUGUGAGUCCUGUUUCUAAAGAAGAGCUUAUCUCCAUCCCAGAAUUUUCACCAGUGAGUGAAAUGAUUCCUGGGAUGUCUCUGGACCAAAAUGGAACUGGGAAUGCCCGAGCACUUCAGGAUAUCUUAGAUUUCACUGGCCCUCCCACAUUCCCCAAGAAAUCCAGUGAAAACCUCAGCCUUGAUGACUGUAACAAAAACCUCAUCGAAGGAUUUAACAGUCCUGGGCAAGAAACUACUCUGAACACCUUCUGCUGACAAAGCAUUCCUUUAAUGAAAGGUGGUGUUUGGAUCAACCAUGAAGCUGUUGGUGUAAAAUCUAAAUUGCUGGCCACCUGAAGAAGAUUCUUUUGCCCUUAACUGCUGGAUUCCAAAUUACUAUAUCAGAAUGUAACUGUAUUCCUAGAUAGUUUGGCAAAUACUGGCCUUCUGAUAAAAACCUUGAGAUUUUUGCUUUAUGGGACUUUAGCAAAAUUUUAUUUUAUGGUUCCAUUUAUGAGCUUCAGCUACUGCUAAAGCACUUCCUUAUCCUUCUCUACUAUUGUAACUUGCGUGAUGCUGGCUGGGAACCUUACUUUAGGACACUCAAAUUUCCAGAGUUGGAGCACAUAGGCAUUUAGAUGUCUCUUCUUAUAGAAUUCUUCUAUUUACCCACACUCUAGUUAAUCAUGUACUUCUCAACCUGGGCUGCUUAUCUCCCUGUCUUUUGGAGGGUGUGUAUGGGGGAUCUAGCCACUUUCUCUCUCUCAGGCUUCUGUUAUUUUAUUUUUAUUAUUAAGUUUCAUCACCUGCAGAGCAUUACCCACAUUACUGUUGGAAGGUUAAAAAUGUUUGGUUGAAUAAAUAAUCAAAUAGUGGCAAUUAUUUCUUUCCUCUUAUGGAAACUGAAUCUAGCAAGGACCCUUUCAUGUCAUACCUUUAAAAUCUCCAAAUUUUCACUCCAAACCAUUGAAUGGCAUUGCAACUGAAUGAAUCAAGUCUUGUUUAAGUGGCUGUUUUUAUGACUUUGCUGUUUUUUGUUUUUUUUUCCUGAUGGAUCUUGGAAUUUUCUUUUGUUUGCUCCUAUGAUUGCUUAACUAUAAUAAAGGAGUCACAGUGCUUUGAAAGGGGGCCCCAAGUUGGUCCCAGUAUGUCACUUUAAUAGACUUUAACAUUAAAAAGUCUGAACGAGGAAAAAUGACACUAGAAUGUAUAACUCCAUACAUUUUAUGCCAUAUGCUAUAUUUAAUUUUUUUCAUUUCUUGUGGUGAAAUGUAGCUUUACUAUUAAAAUGAUUUUUUUCUUUGGAACUUUUAGUUUUGACUUGUACUUGAAAGCUUUUGAAAAGAUCCUUAAUUUUGAGAUUUGCAAAACAGGAGAUAUAAAGAAGUUUCAGUAGUAUCUUGUUCUGUACUUUUAAAACCAGUACAGUUUAAGAAUGUAUUAGUCUCAGAAGCUAUGUAUGUUUAUGCGAUAUAGUCUAAAUAAAA